CUUCGUGAGGGGAGAUUUCUCAGCGUAUUCAUGUCAUGACACAGUGCAGCGCAGGAGCCAAGUGGUCGCCUCUACCGCCACUGGAACCCGGAUGCCCAGGACUCUUUAGCAGUGGUUUGAGUUUGGUUACAUGAAAUAUGCGAUGUUCGCAGGAGUGCCCGGUUCUUUUUCUGCUACACUUUGUUUUCAUUUUGGCAGCCAGCCACGAAGAGCUCUCCGAAUCUGGCAGACUCUUCUCCCUCUUUGCAGAACAAGGUCAGUUGUCCCGGGAUGAUGUGUCCACUGUCCACCCAGUGAAAACCACAGCUGAUGGAGAGUUCAUCUCCCACUCUCUGGCUCACCACUUCAGCAGUGGGAGAGUCAGGCGUGACCUGCGACCCCUUGCUUUGGAGGAACAGGUUUACUACAAGGUCAACUACAAGGGUCGCAUGUUAAUGUUCAAUCUGACUGCAAACAAUCACCUGGUCUCAAGUGACUACAUCCUGGAGAGGAGGAACGGCAGCGCCAACGGGACUGAGCAGCAUCGCUCUGAGGGGAACUCCUGCCACCUGCUCGGCACUGUGGAAGCCUCAGACGUGCGAGGAACUGCUGCCAUCAGCACCUGUAAAGGACUGAGAGGCUUCUUCUCCUUCCCAGAGGGACACUUCUUUAUCGAACCCAUCCAGAAAUCUCCUGAUGAUCCCACAGGAACCCCAGAGCCCCAUAUCAUCUAUCCAAGAGUUACAACAGAAAGUCAGAGAAAAAAACGCAGCCUUGAGUCCAAAGAGACACCCAGCCCCUGCGGAGUUCAAGAUGCUCCAAGUGACUCUGUCCAGGUGGAGAGGGAGAGGGAGGAAUGGGAGAGGGAGCAGCAGAGGGGGGAGAAUCAGGCUCAGUCCCGCUCGCGGCGCUCCUUCAGCAGAGAACGCUGGGUGGAGACCAUGGUGGUGGCUGACGCCAAACUCAUAGAAUACCACGGCAGUGAUAAUGUGGAGUCGUACAUAUUCACCAUCAUGAACAUGGUGGCUGGGAUCUUUCAUGAUGCCAGUAUUGGAAAUGCCAUCCAUGUCAUCUUGGUUCGUCUCAUUCUACUCCAAGGAGAAGAGAAAGGGCUGAAGAUCGUUCAUCAUGCGGACACCACUUUGGCCAGUUUCUGCGCUUGGCAGAAAAACCUCAAUCCUCAGAGUGACACACACCCAGCUCAUCACGACGUGGCUGUGUUGGUCACUAGGAAAGACAUCUGUGCUGGGAUGAACCAGCCCUGUGAGACCCUGGGACUGUCUCAUCUGUCCGGGAUGUGUCAACCACACCGCAGCUGCAACAUCAACGAGGAUUCAGGACUACCUGUCGCCUUUACUGUCGCUCAUGAAAUGGGCCACAGCUUUGGAAUCCAUCAUGACGGUCAGGGGAAUGACUGCGAGCUGGAAGGGAGGCACCCGUUCAUCAUGUCCAGACAGCUGAUGUACGACAGCUCGCCUCUCACUUGGUCCUCCUGCUCCAAAGAAUACAUCACACGCUUCCUUGAUCGUGGCUGGGGUUUCUGUCUGGAUGACCGCCCUUCCAAAAGGGACCUCAACACCCCGCUGGCUCGCCUUGGUGUCCGCUACACCACACAUCACCAGUGCCAGCUCCAGUACGGCCAAAAUGCUACCUUCUGCCAUGAGGUUGAUAACGUCUGCCAGAUUCUGUGGUGUUCAGUGAACGGCUCGUGUCGCUCCAAACUGGACUCGCCUAUAGAUGGCACUCGCUGUGGACCGGAGAAGUGGUGUAUCUCAGGAGAGUGUGUGAUUGUGGGUAAACUCCCAGAGACGGUGAAUGGAGGCUGGGGACAGUGGAGUACCUGGUCUCACUGCUCCAGAACCUGUGGAACUGGAGUUCAGUCAGCAGACAGGGAAUGUAACAGCCCUAAGCCAGAGUUUGGUGGAAAGUACUGCACUGGGGAAAGAAAGCGUUAUCGGACCUGUAACACAAAACCCUGUCAGAAUAAUACACCAACCUUUCGAGAGAUGCUGUGCAGCGAGUUCGACACGGUGCCGUACCACAACGAGCUCUACCAGUGGAUUCCUGUGGCUAACCCAUUAAACCCCUGUGAGCUGCACUGUCGACCAAUCGUUGAAUAUUUUUCGGAGAAGAUGCUGGACGCUGUGACAGACGGGACGCCAUGCUUCAUGAACAACAAGUCCAGAAACAUCUGCGUCAAUGGAGUGUGCAAGGCGGUAGGCUGUGACUAUGGCAUUGACUCAAACGCUGUGGAGGAUCGUUGCGGAGUGUGUUUGGGCGAUGGCAAAAGCUGCGAGACGGUCUACAAGACGUUUGAUGAAGAAGAAGGCUUUGGGUACGUGGACGUGGGUGUGAUACCUGCGGGGGCGCGGGACAUCCUGGUAAAGGAAGUGGAGGAGGCAGGUAACUUCCUGGCUCUGAGGAGUGAGGCGUCAGAGGAGGAGUACUUUCUCAAUGGCAACUUCAUCAUCCAGUGGAAUGGGGAGUACGAGGCCGGCGGGACGACGUUCUAUUACGAACGCAGCGGGAACUUGGAGAACCUCACUGCUCCUGGACCAACCAAAGAGCCCAUUGUGCUGCAGUUGCUGUUUCAGGAGAAGAACCCAGGUUUAAAGUACGAGUACAUCAUCAGGAAGACCAAAGAGACCGGAAAUGAGAUCAUCGAACCCAUUUACAGGUGGAGACACGGAGCGUGGACAGACUGCAGCACCACCUGUGGCGUCGGUGAGCAGCACCAGCCUGUGCGGUGCUUUGAGAUGGACGUGGGUGUCGUGGAUGAGUCGCUGUGUGACUCAGCCAGCCGUCCAGAGGACAAACACAGAAAAUGCAAGAAUAUGGAUUGUCCUGCAAGGUGGUGGGUGGGAGGCUGGCAGCAGUGUACGGCCACCUGCGGAUCAGACGGGGUAAAGAAGCGAACCGUGCUCUGUGUUCGUACAGUGUCGGGGGAGGAAAGGGUGCUUCACCCUGUAGAGUGUAAGCAUCUCCUUAAACCAAAACCUUUGGUGCCGUGCAACAGAGAUGUACCCUGUGGACAGGACUGGACUGUCAGCAACUGGGAAGAGUGCCCAGUCACAUGUGGAGGAGGCGUUCGCUCCCGUACAGUCACAUGUGCACUAACACCCAAAAAGAGCUGCGACCUCUCAACCAAACCUCGGUCCAGAUCACUGUGUGCCCUACAGAGCUGCCCUAGCCUCCCAAGUCUUCGUCGACGACCAGGACCUCCUCCUAAAUACCGCCGCAUCAUCCCACCCAAAAGCCGACCCACCAAGCGUCCUACAUCUACCUGGGCUCCUUCGAGCACCACAGCCACAGCUGCACCCACAGCUUCUAUCACUGUGAGGAGGAAAACAACCACCAAGGAAACUACAACUGCUUUCAUCCCUACCACCACAUCUCUUUCAAUCCCAAAAACCACGAUCUCUGAAAUCAUUGACACAGAUGAUUAUAAGUUUGAUGGUAAAGUGAGGAAAAAUGAGGAUAAGAAAGUUACACCAUCUAAAGCCGAUUCUGCUGAAAAGGACAGAAAAGCAGCUGGUGUGGAGAAGGAAGAGGUAGAGGAGGGGGAGGAGGGGAGUACACCGAAUGUGGUGAUGUACCCUCCAGGGUAUGAUUAUGUUGUUGAGGACAGGGAAACAGAAGAGGAAAGGAUUAUUGACCUGGAUGUUACACCUUCUACAUCACACAAAAAUCCUCUUAAAUCAACCAUGCCGACACCACUCGUCACACCCACUUUACAAACAAGUCCACCUACCAUGCACACAACAGAAGCACCCACCUACUCCACCCCACAUGCCAGUACCAAAACAUGGGCAAAGACCACUUACCACUAUCCCCACACCACCCCGCGGAUCAAUCUAUACAGCCACCGGACACACAGAGUUCCCCUCACCACUCCCAGGUUCCACUCAGUGCCAUCGAAAGCUGGUUUUACUACAACACCAGCUCCUUCCACAACUGCAAGAAAACCAUUCACCACUGCAGCGUCACCUCAGCCCACAGUGAAGAUCAUGAAACUAAAGAAGCCUGCAGUGACACCCAAGAAAAACAGCUCAGUCUCUCGUGCUAAAAAGCCCUCCUCCUUGGCCAAAGGCGGUCGCUCCAAGAGCAAAAACCAGCGACCGCAAAGUCCCGUGAGCAGCUCUGUCAGUGACCAAAGCAACCUGAUGGCCAGAGAGCCGGUCAGCAUGGAUUUAUUCUGGGUUGUAGGAAACUGGAGUGAGUGUUCAACAACAUGCGGCAUUGGAGCAAUAUGGAGGACAGUCGUGUGCAGUUCCCAGAAUGAUGAGGACUGUGCCAACGUGAAGAGACCUGAGCCUGCGCGCACAUGUCACCUGCAGCCCUGUGCCACCUGGCAAAGUGGCAGCUGGAGCAAGUGUCCAGAUAACUGCGCAGUGGUGGGAAGAAGGUAUCGGGACGUCCAGUGUGUCGAUUCUCAGAGUAAACGUCCCCUCAGACCUUUCCACUGUCAAGCUGUGUCCAGCCGACCCCUCAGGACUUUGUCAUGCCCCCACAAGCCCUGUAUGAGCUGGAGUGCAUCACCCUGGGGACCGUGCUCUGGCAGCUGUGGCGAAGGCGUCAGGGAGCGGCUGGUGUACUGCCCCGAGCCUCAUCGCUGUAGCACCACAAUGAGGCCAAACAGCACAGACACUUGCAGUCUAAAGCCCUGCACUCACUGGAAGGCUGAGGACUGGGACGAGUGCUCUGUGAGUUGUGGUGGGGGUCAGCAGCAGCGCGAAGUCAACUGUGUGACUGAGCAGGAUUUGGCUGUAAUGCCAAACAGCCUCUGUGAGAAGAUUUCCAAACCAGAAACACUCAGGAAGUGCAAUAUGCAGGAAUGCAAGACCAACACAGGUCCAUUUUGCAGGAAGAACACCAUGUCCUCUCGCUUCUGUGACAAGCUGAAGCUGUUGGGUCGCUGCUCUCUCAGAUCGGUCCAAAGACAGUGUUGUGUCACCUGUGGGUCAUAGCCAGGGAUACACACCCACAUAUACUGUGUUACAACGGACACAACUACAGUAAUACUUACUGUAUCCUCAUGCAAUACUAAUGUAAAGCCAUCCACAGACUGACACGUCCAAACCAAAGUGCUCAUGACCACAAAAGCACAUCUUUAUCAGAACAAACCUGGGUCGACUAAAAAUUAUAUAUAGAGUAUAUAUAUUUUUAACCUUUUGAAAACAAGGCCAAAACACUAAUAAUGAAUACACGUGCAUGCUGUUCUACAUGUUAGAGCUUGAAGGAACACUCAACCUCCCAAAUGUAUAUUUAUAAGUGGAACUGAAUUUUCUCACAUGCCUCCACUGUGCAUGAACAAAAAAUCUAAUUACUCAAUAAAUUUUAAAAAAUCAAGACAAUUCAAAAGUUACAAAAGCUUGCCAGGGCAAGAAGCACUCCUACACAGUUGUGAUGAAUUAAUAACACAAGUUACAGUAUUCACCAACUUUAUACAGUAAAAAAGUUUAGUUUUGACCUAUGGUUCAUAUCUUUUUGGUGCUUUUAUAGCCAUGGUGCUAAUGAUUCACCGAUCCACAGUCAAGUUACCAGUUAUAUUUUUAUUUCAAAGAGAACUGGUAAAAACAGAAUGUAAAUACAGAUUGUUUUGUUACCUCCAUGAAAUUGUUAAUAGUUAUUAUAAUCUUUGUUUUUUAUUCAUAUAUUUAGCUUUUUUUCUGAGUGAAUUGUGGUUUUCUUCUCAGAGCUGGCACUGUGUGUUUACAUUUUCCUGGGUACAAGUUCCUGCUUUAGUCUUUUUUACUACAAUUGUCAGUAAUAAUUAAAUUGGUUGCAGAAACCUUCACGGUUCUGCGAACCUGUGGUGCUCCUCCUCUGGUGUGAGAUUGACCAACGCAAAAGAGGUGUUGCAGGUCAUCCCUCUCAGGUCCCUCUAAAGAUGGCUGCUGUGUUUGUAUGAUGUUGUACAGGCAUUGUCCAUGCUCAUGGCAUCAUCAUCUCGACUGAUUUGUACUUCACGUGUCUCCAUCAAGAAAUGUGACAAUAAAAGAUGUUUGCGACAAAACUGCUUUGUAACUGAGACAUGAAAUAAAAUGUUCUGUGUCAUUAAUGUGUUAGUAUGAUGCACGUGA